AUGCCGGCGCAUCGUGAAUUUGCGCUGACUGAAUAUUUCGUCUCAGUAGAUGCGCGAAAGCGCGCGAACUGCGCGACGGACGCGGUGGACGGUUUCGUGAAGAUCAACCACGGUCUAUGCGUCGAGAUUCCUCUCUUCGCGCGCGUGGGAUUGGCGCUUACGAACGCGUUUUAUUGGGUCCUGGCGUGGAAGUUGCUGCGUUCGACGGGAAUGUUUGAUGAUUCUCAGUGCGCGCGUGAUUUGUGUCGUUCGCACGCGUUUCACGUUUUGCUUGUUUUUGGCAUCGCGUCCGCUUCGACGGCGUACCAUUUCUACCAGCUCGGUCUGGAUCGAGAGAUUUCGAGGGCGUCGCGCUCAGCGUGCGAUUGCUUCAAAUUUCGUGGAUUUACGCUACCUGGAACUGGUACGACGUCAAAGAAGGUCAAGGCUUCGCCGCUCAAGGUGACGUCGCUGAGGCAGCUUUCAGACGAGCGCGUCGGUUUCGACCGUUUACGCUCGGACUCUGCGCGAGAUCUCUCUGCGAGUGCGGCAUGUUCGCCGUCGCCGACGAAACCUUCGGUGACGACCAUGUCUUUAUAUAAUUAUCCCGGUGAGUUGGUGAGAUGGCUGUGCGCGAUGGACAUAGGAUGCGCAAUCAUCUACGGCGUAUUUUGCGCGACUUGCUUCGGCGCUGAGAAGAUUCUCAGCGCCGGUCGUUUGCCGACCGUAUUUCUUGUCACCGCCAUGAUAUGCCAGCGCGCCGAAAAAUACUGGGCCUACGUCGUGUUACACAGCAUUUGGCACGCCCUGAGCGCCGCGCUCAUGCUCGAUUUCUUGCUUGCGCAGUAG